AUGUCCAAAGAAGAUAAUAGAAAUAAAUUUUUGAAAGAGUUCCCUGAUUUAGUCGUUGAAUUGAAACAAGUUCUUGCUCAAUAUGGUAUGCCACAAGAAGCCAUUACAUGGUAUGAAAAUUCGCUGAAUUACAAUACUCCAGGGGGGAAAUUGAAUCGUGGCCUUUCUGUUGUGGAUACUUAUGCUAUUUUGAAAGGCUACAAGAGUGUAUCUGAAUUGAGUCAAGAAGAAUAUAAAAAGGUUGCUUUGUUAGGAUGGUGCAUCGAAUUACUGCAAGCAUAUUUCUUGGUUGCCGACGAUAUGAUGGAUAAAUCAAUUACCAGAAGAGGUCAACCUUGUUGGUAUAAAGUCGAGAAUGUGGGUGACGUUGCCAUCAAUGAUGCCUUUAUGCUGGAAGCAGCUAUCUAUAUUCUCUUAAAGAAGCAUUUUAGAAAUGAGAGUUAUUAUGUCGACUUAUUGGAAUUAUUUCAUGAUGUCACUUUCCAAACGGAAUUAGGUCAAUUAUUAGAUUUGAUAACUGCUCCUGAAGAUAAAGUGGAUCUUUCGAAGUUUAGCAUGAAGAAGCACUCUUUUAUUGUUACUUUUAAAACCGCAUAUUAUUCUUUUUACUUACCAGUCGCAUUAGCCAUGCACAUGGCUGGUAUUAACGAUGAAAGAGAUUUGAAGCAGGCUCAGGAUGUAUUGAUUCCAUUAGGUGAAUACUUCCAGAUCCAAGACGAUUUCUUAGAUUGCUUUGGUACUCCAGAACAAAUUGGUAAGAUUGGGACAGAUAUUCAAGAUAACAAAUGUUCUUGGGUUAUCAAUAAAGCUUUAGAAUUGGCUACGAGUGAACAGAGGAAAGUUUUGGACGAUAAUUACGGUCAGAAAAAUAAAACCGCUGAGGAAAAAUGUAGGAAGAUCUUCUAUGAUUUGCAAUUGCAAAAAUAUUACGAGGAUUAUGAGGAGGGGAUUGCCCAACAAUUAAAGGAGAAAAUCUCACGAAUUGAUGAAUCUCGUGGAUUUAAAGGCGAUGUAUUGACUGCUUUCUUGAAUAAGGUCUACAAGAGAACUAAAUAA